UGGCCUCUCUCAGGUUUCUUUCUGCUAGUAGCUGCAACAUUUCGUCGGUAUGACAAGUUUCAUAACCAGAAUAGUCGUCAACUUUAACGAUUAAAAUCUCGUUUCGUGGAGCAGAGCGACACUUUUUCUGCCAGAUUCUUUCGUUUCGCGUCAAUUGAGCAUAAUUUCAUCGAUAUUGGAGGUUAUAAAAAUAGAAGACGAUUAGACGUACAAUUCGACGAUUUGUCAGUUUUCAGUUUAUUAUGGCUAGCUCAGUAGUAACGGUGUGCAACAUUCUUGGAAUUGACAAAGUAAACAUGGACGGUAAAACAAUCUUGAUUGAAGAACGACAUGGUAGCAACGCGAAUUUCUUAGUAAAUGCCAUUUUAUCACAUGCUUUAAAAAAAAUGAACGCUGCUGUUUGCCUCGUUCUUUGUCAUAAUACUUUUAGUCAUUAUCAUAACAUCGGCAUGAGAUUUGGCUACAAUCUUCUUAAUCUAAAAGAAAAGGGCCAAGUCACUGUUGUUGAGCCGAUGAAAAUUAUAGCCAACAAUGUUACUGAUAUGUACGAGAAUUUUGUAGAUAAAACAAAAACAAUAAUUCCAGAUAGAACUCCUAUGGGAGAUAUUGAUAUUGUGCGUAGAUUAUUUACAUGCGUUAAAGAAAAAUAUGAAGACGCAGCAAGGUUCUCUAAGUCUGUUGUUCUUAUUAUCGAUGAUAUAAACCACUUCCUUGAUCUUGGACUUGGUAUACGUGAUACUAUGUAUUUUAUAAGAUGUUUAAGAUCGUUUGUAGCGUCGUAUCCCUCGUCGCAGCUUUGUAUUCUUGCACAUAUAUAUCAAGGGAAUAUACAGACUUCGAAUACAGAUAUAGUUGCUAAUACCUUAAAACAUAUAGCACAUUUGUGUGUUACGACACAACCAUUUAAGACAGGACACUCCGGAGAUGCAUCCGGUAAACUAACUAUUCAUUGGAAAAUGAAUUCCAUUAGAUCUAAAUAUCAUUUGGCAGAAAAAACAAUAUAUCUGUUUAACUCGUCGGAUUGGCAAGUGAAGAUUUAUGCGCCUGGUGUUAUGUCUAUCCUGUCAUAAAUAAUACAUAUAACGUUGCCAUGUCUAAUUUUUAUGUAAAAUAAAAUAAUUUUUAUGUAAUUUUGUUUAUAUAUUAAAAUAGAUUUAAAAAUUUAGAACCAUCUUCUGCUUUCCUACAUUAAUCUAUUUGCAUGCAUGUUCUCUGCAAUCUCGUGAAAAGAGAUUCCUCUCUUUCAGGUACAAUUAGAUAUGCAAAUGAGACAUUCAAUAAGGAUUUCAAACAUAUUUUAUAUUGCCGUACAUUCAAAUUUAUUGUAUAUUUAUUAUACGUACAUGAAAG